AUGGAGUGGGCUCCAAAACUGGUAGUUUUCUAUGCUCUCUGCCUUUCCUUCACAUUAGAAACAAAAGACGUGAGCAAAGCAACUAAAGGAAAAAAGAAAGGGUCAGCAAAGGCCAAGGAUCAACGUUUGAGGCUUCAGAAUUCCUCACCUGACCCCCUGCUGAGAGUAAAUCUAGGGGCCUCGGCAGACUAUACCCCCGUGGAGGACUAUGAGCGGAGCAUCCAUGAGAUGGUUACCCUGCUGAAGAACAGCUCUGAGCCCAUGGACAGCAAGUGCCAAGUCAACCUGAGACUCUGGAUGUCCAACAAGAGGAGUUUGUCUCCUUGGGCCUACAGGAUAAAUCACGAUCCAGCACGAAUACCAGUUGACAUCCCAGAGGCACAUUGCUUGUGCACAGGAUGCAUCAAUCCUUUCACCAUGCAAGAAGAUCGCACCAUGGUGAGCAUUCCCAUCUACAGCAAAAUACCAGUGCACCGUCUGCUAUGUGAACCAAGCAAGUCUCACAAGAAGAAGAAAAGGUGCCACAAAGAGCACAAGAUGGUCAUGGAAAUCAUUGCUGUGGGCUGUACUUGCAUCUUCUGAAGAUUCUGUUCUUCCUGCUUCAGGUCCCUAUGGGAGAAACACUGCUCCUGAAUGUCUUGGCUCCUUUCCCUCUUCCCAAUUUUGGAUGGCAGAUAUUCUUCCAUGUUCUCAGUUCUUGCUCUUUCUCCUGACCAGCUAAGGGCAUGCCUUUAAAGAGCAAAGCUGCCUACAGAGCUGAAAAAAGUUAUUUUUUAGACUACUCCAGGAAGUCCCCACACACCAGGACAAGUGGGAGAUAUGGUCUCCAAAACUAACUUUUUCAAAGACUGGCUUGGGUUCAUUUCUCCUCAGGAUUCAGAAAGUACACACAUGACUCUUUCAGAAGUUUAUGUGCCCUACAUUAUUAAGGACCCACAGUACAAAAUUAUCUAUCUCGUUUAGUUUUAACAGCAUAUGCUAUGAACAUUUCCCAUACCCAGGGAGAGAAGGAAGGGAAACGAGUUCAAAUGUUUUUCAGAAUGG